AUAGCAAAACAAGAUUUAGAAGUAACAAAUAUAUAUAUAAGACCUUAAGAACAAAAUUAGAAAAUGAUAAAGGUGCUCUUGUUUGUUUUGUUCUGUUUGAUCACUGUGAAGACUUCGGUUUCCCGUCCAUUCGCAUGGUCGAGGGGCAACAUGCCACCAGGCCAAAACUACCCUGGCGCAAGUGGGUCGGGCCAUGGGCCCAAUUGGGAUUACAACUGGGGUUGGGGCUCUGCUCCAGGAUCCGGAUGGGGUUACGGGUCAGGUUCGGGUAGAUCGCCGACGGGGUGGGGAAGAGGAUCUGGAUAUGGAUAUGGAUCCGGAUCCGGAUCAGGUAGCGGAUAUGGAUAUGGUUCUGGAGGUGGCGGAGCACGUGGUGGUGGAUAUGGUUACGGAAGCGGAAAUGGUCGGUCCGGUGGUGGUGGUGGCGGUGGUGGUGGUUUCAAUGGUGCAGUUACCACUUUGAGCCACGGUGGUAAGUCUCAUCCGUAAUGAAGUUCUAGUAAUUUCUCCCAACUAAAAGGUUUUGGGAGGAGGUAUUAUAAGUGUUUGUAAUACUAUUAAGGUUCUUAGGUUUGGUACCCUUUUUAAAAUGUAACUUCCUUUGUCUUGUAUGCUCUUUAUAUAUGGAUUAUGUGCUCGACAUAUCCUAUAAUGUCGUCUUUGCUUAUGUCUCUAAAUGUGUAUGUCUCUAAACGCGUGUUAGAUAAUUGAAAGAAAACAAAAUAUUGUAGAUUUGCAUUAA